AUGGUCUUGCCUCCUCCAGAGUCCGAUGAGGCUCCGUCUCUUUUUGAUGCCAGCGGUCAUGGUAAUUCAAGUUUGCUUGCGAUGAGUUCAAUUGAUAAGAGCUGGCGCGGACAAAUGAGGCCUGGAACCUUACGUCAUUCUUUUAGGCCAUCAGCAAGGCUGUUCGUCCGCAAAGGUUCUACAGAGCAGCAGCAGCACGUCUGUCCACGAAGGAUAGAAUCAGGUGGGCAUCCAACGGUAUCUAUGGCAGCGGUAGCAGCAGCUGCUGUUGCUGGAGUUAGCGGUGAUGAGACAAGUAUUGCUUCAAGAACUUUGCAAGGCUUGUGUAACCUGUUUCAUCUGCCAAUAACAGCGUCUUCAACGGCAGCAACCCCGGCUUUGGUCGCAGCUGACCAACCGGGUAUGCUAGACAAUUACACUUUUUAA